GCACCCCAGUCGCCUCAGCCGGGCAACCCGUUCGCCGUCCUCGAGCAGAUGGGGCGCGAGACGUUCAACAAGGCACAGGAGGCGGCCCAGAAGAUGGGCGAGGUGGCUCAGAGCGGAGGCCCCGCGACCCUGGUUCAGGAGCUGCAGGGCUUUGCGCAGACCAACGCCGAGGCGCUCGGGCGCGCCGCGGUCCCCAUCUGCUCCGCCGCGCUCAUCCUGGCACGGUCGCCUGGCGCGCCGCUGAGCGACGCACAGCACGAGAAGCUCGCCGCGGUCCUGCCCGCGCCCGUGAUGGACAUGCUGUCAGACCUGGUGAAGGUGGUGCCAGAAGACCCCAUCGUGGAGCAGCUGAAGCGCAUCUGCGACAAGCUCGACACCUUCGAGGCCAGGAUGGCCGCGCCACCAGCGAGCGCGCCGCCGGCGGCUGCACCGACGGCUGCACCAGCGGCCGCGCCGGCAGCCGCGCCCGAGGGCGGCGCUGCGGCCUAG